AGCAAUCCAUUUGCGGCCGAGGCAUCCGAAGGAGAAGAUGAUCGCGCUAUCGAACAAGCUUUGCAGAACACAAGGGUCAAUGCUAUGACCCUCGCUCCCGCUCCGGUUCCAGACCCCAUCUUGAAAGGAAAUGCAGUACAGGAUACUCUUGGGCGCUUCGCUAGUGCCUCACAAAAAUCACCUGCUGUUCAGCAAUCGGGAGGGCCAGGACGGCAAGCGCUAGAUGUUGCAGCCUUUACCAAACUAUUGCUUACAGGUGAGAGAGGACCAUCUUCCUCUCGAGACCUAGCUAUGCAGAGUGUCCAAGCAAAUCAUGGUCAACCCGUAAGUGAGAGCAGUUCCAGUGCGGACACAGCUUCAAUCUCACAACACUCGAUUUUUGAGACCGUCCCUCAAGCGCCAGAAGAGAGCCCACGAUCAUCGUUCGAAGUCGAUUCCAACGAAGCAAAAGAACAACGGCCGAAUUCGCAAAUCAUCACCGAAAGCAAGAAGAAGCCUCCGCCGCCAAAAAGCCGGCGUGGGAAGCCACUCAGAGACUCUAUGGGCGAGCAAGAAUCGAAGCAGAAUUUUGACAAUUUCAUCAAUUCUCUUUCGUUGCCCAGCAGCCGAAGCAUCAGUUCAGAAAUGCCGAGCCUGAGGUCGCCGACGACGACGGAGCAGAGCCCAACUAUAGAUAAACCUGGGAGCGUCGAUAUUCCCGAGACUUCGCAAAGAAAAGUUCCCCCUGCUCCUCCUCUAGCACGAAAAAAGAGCCAGCAGGCGCCGAGCAAGCCGAUGCUGACAAGGAGCAGCUCGUCACGAUAUUCGGUUUUAAGUGAUUACGAUGUGCCUCUCAGCCCAUCGACUGGAAGCUACGGAUUUAAAAUCCCCCCUCCACCCCCGGCCGCCCGGCGAACAACGAACUCUAGUGAAAGGCGACCUUCAUUUGACGUGCAAAGUGUCGCUGAAAAUGCAGCAACUGAUGGAGGUCCAGGCAGUCUAGACCCACAAAGAGCAGAGGCAGGGCCUGGUUUAUCACAGACACCAUCUUACCUGAAAAGGAUGAGUCAAGGGCCUCCUCCCCCCGUACCACCACCACGAAGAGGCAGGGGAUCAAGUCGGAGCAGUGUUGAGACACAGAGACCAUCCAUGGCGGCUUUGGAAAGUUCGGAAACAGAAGGAGGCGAAACUACGCCUAGAAGCGAGCACGCCGACCGGAGAGAUCUGUUGGCUGAUCUUGCAGCGCUUCAGAAGGAAGUCGAUGCGGCUAGGAGAUCUGCCGGGUAA